UUGUCUGUUACUUUUUCAUUCAAUACUACUUUCCAAACUUGAACUCGGGGUUCCGCAACAAUGUUUCCUCGAGCGGGGUUUGCCCUCAGGUCAUGAACAUCGUGAGGAGAACAUUUGGAAAGACAAUGGAGGAUUGCAAAUCGGAGUCCAGGAGUGCUCUGAAUUGGAUGAAGUAUCAAGAUCAUUCUGACGGAGGUUGAGAUCCUUUCUGUCGACGACGACGAUAAAUACCACGCCCAUUUCCCUUUUCUCAAUGUAUCCUUCACCAGCUUCUCACUACUUCUCCCAAGGGAUCAACAGAUCGCAUUCGGGGCUGUCUUGAUAACUUGCUUACGCUACACCAGAGUCCUAUACUCUAUUCAAAAUUACUUGUUUCUCUCAAUAAGUUCUCUAUUCGCUUGAAACCUCAAUUAUGGUUUCCAUCCGUUCCCUGGGCCUCCUGGCUCUGGGUUCGUCAUCAGUAUUGGCAUUGUCAGUGCUUCAAAAACAAUCUAAUUGACGAGAACAAGUACUGACAUUUUCUAGAACACCAAGACAGGCCCGCUACUGGUCUCGAAACGAUGCUCGCGCUAAAGUUGCACGAGAUACGCCGAGCGAGGUUGACUACAUUGUUGUUGGCAGUGGUCCAGGUGGCGGACCUCUCGCAUCUCGUCUGGCUCUUGCUGGAUACGAAGUUUUAUUGAUCGAUGCUGGAGAUGACCAAGGGGAGGAUCUGACUGCUGAAUUACCUCUCUUCCAAUUUGCAUCGACAGAAAUAGAAGCGCAGCGAUGGAACUUCUUCGUACAUCACUAUUCUGACCUUGAACGUCAAAAGAAGGACACGAAAAUGACCUACCAAACUACUGAUGGUGACUACUACGUCGGAUUAGAUCCUCCAGCGGAUGCAGAGCCACUUGGUAUCUGGUAUCCUCGUGCUGGAACCCUUGGUGGUUGCUCAAACCACAAUGCUAUGAUCACAAUCUACCCACACGAGAGCGAUUGGCAAUAUAUUGCAGACCUCACUGGUGAUGAUUCUUGGGCCCCUGACAAUAUGCGAACAUAUUUUGAAAAGAUGGAGCAUUGCGAUUAUCUUCCGGAGGAUACUCCUGGGCACGGCUUUGAUGGAUGGUUCCACACAAGUGCGACAAACCAGACUAUGAUUGUUCAAGACCAAAAGAUUAACUCGAUUGUUAUUUCUGCUGCUGAGGCUUUGGCAGUAAAUGCUUCUGACUCAAUUCUUUCGACUGCUGAAGGCUUCAACCAGAUCGUCAACCUUGACCCCAACAAUCCGUUACCUACACGCGACAAUACUACUGGGUUAUAUCAGAUUCCAAUUGCUGUUGAUGGAAGAACCAGAAAUGGUGCUAGAAAUUUCAUUCUCGAAACAUUGAAUGCGGUCAAUACAGACGGAUCUAAGAAGUAUGGCUUGACCCUCAAGCUCAAUACAUUUGUUACCAAGAUCCGAUUCUCAAACGACACCACACCUCGAGCGCUCGGAGUUGACUUCUUGGAGGGUAAGAGUUUGUACAGAGCCGACCCAAGGGCUGGAAAAAAUGCCACUGGCGGUAUCCCUGGCAGUGUUAAUGCGAGAAAGGAAGUCAUCAUUUCAGGCGGUACUUACAACAGUCCUCAACUUCUCAAGCUCAGUGGAGUUGGACCAAAAGCUGAACUCGAAUCAUUCAAUAUCCCAGUUGUGGUUGAUCUUCCAGGUGUCGGCACAAACAUGCAAGAUCGUUACGAAACCACUGUCAUUUCAGAAUCCGACGUCAACUUCUCAAUCGCUAAAGGCUGUACUUUCCUCACAACUUCCGAUGAUCCAUGUCUAACUCAAUGGCAAAAUGAUACCGAAGAUGCAGGACUUUACGCCACACCCGGUCUCCCACUCGCCGUCAUCUUACGAUCUAGCACAGCAGAACAAGACCCCGAUCUUCUCAUCUCCGGCGCCCCAGCUAAUUUCCACGGCUAUUAUCCAGGCUAUUCCGGUCCAGCUCUCGGCGAUGCUCUACACUGGAGUUGGAUUACACUUAAAGCCCACGCUCGCAACACCGCCGGUACAGUUACCCUCCGCUCAUCCGACCCUCUCGAUACUCCUCUCAUCCAAAUGCACUCCUUCGACGAAGGUACCACUGUCGAUGAUGCCUGGGAAAAAGAUCUCCAAGCAAUGUACGAAGGCAUGUCGUUCUCCCGUAAAGUAAUGAACAGUGUCGUUCCUCUCGACGGUUCAUUCAACGAAACGUGGCCUGGAGCAGAUGUUUCUACAGAAGCAGAACUUAAGCAAUUUAUCCAAGAUGAAGCUUGGGGUCAUCAUAUCUCUUGCACUAACCCUAUUGGUGCUGAUGGUGACGAAAUGGCGGUUUUGGAUAGUAGUUUUAGGGUUAGGGGAACGACGGGUUUGAGAGUUGUGGAUGCGAGUGUUUUUCCUAAGAUUCCAGGUUUCUAUAUUGCGGUGCCUAUUUAUAUGGUUAGUGAGAAGGCCGCUGCGGUUAUUAUUGAACAGGAUAUUGCGGGAACAAGUUAUAGAUAGAUAGGUGGUUGUUUGAUGGUUGGGUGGUUGCUUGGUAGUCUGUUGGUAGUCGGAUGGUUGCUUUAUAUUGUCUUGGGCUUUGAUUUAGGUUGCAGUUAUUUACUGGAGUGGUGGUCUAGAUAUAGGUGUAGGUGGUGUUGUUUUGUUUUGUUUUGUUUUGGAUUUUUUGUUCUUUUCAUGGGGUGGUCUUCUUUUUAUCUAGAUUGUGCAGGCUAUGAAGAUUUUCUACGGAGUGUUUAGACUUUUCUUCGAUGGGUUGCUAGAUAGUUAUUGAGAUGGUUAUCUAAAUAAUUAUUUACACA